AUGAGCCUUGACAUUCACACCCAAAUCCUUGGCACUGCUUCUCCAAGAAGUCAUCCAUACGCCCCAUCACUUUCUUCGUCCGCCUCCUCUUCUGCCUCGUCGGUUUUUUCAGAUGCCGCCUCUCAAACCUCCUGCUCCAGCUCAUCCACAUCCAACUCUAUUCCAAUCGGGUGGGAGUCGGAAGAAUGGAUCAACAGGUCACGGCCUAUCGGGCUCGGAGCUGCUUUAGAUCCCAACAGCUUCGGUACGUUUGCGCCGAUCAGCAGGGUGAAUACAUACCCUCUAUAUCAACCUUCGGGAUGUCGCGAGACUGCUCCCGAGAGGUUACUUCCGCCUCUUCGGACGGAUAUCGCUGUACCUGCGGAGCAGCGACUGCACCCCCGACGUUCUUCUUCGACCAUCAACCAUCGGCCCCCCCCUCAAUUGGUACGGCAAAGCGAGCGAAAGGUUAAUUUUGUGGAUUGUCUAGUCGACUCUGCAACUCAAAUGGUCGAGGUAAUAUGGCCUCUCUCGGUUCCCACAAGCCGCUGCGAGUCAACUUCUGGUCGGGGCGUCCUUCCUCUUAGGACCUUCAUCCAGGAGACGCUGCGUCGAUCUCGGACCAGCUACUCGACCCUCCAGGUCGCCUUGUAUUACCUGAUCCUAAUCAAGGCGCACGUGCCGAAACACGACUUCACAAUGGAGCAACCUGAAGAUGUUGCUUCUCUCCGAGCUCUGCAGUGUGGCCGACGCAUGUUUCUCGCUGCGCUCAUCCUCGCUUCGAAGUAUCUGCAAGACCGCAACUACUCCGCUCGCGCUUGGAGCAAGAUCUCUGGGCUGAAGGUAUGUGAGAUUAACACAAACGAGAUGGCUUUCCUCGCCGCCGUCAACUGGAAGCUCCACAUUACCGAUCCUGUCUGGGAGCGGUGGCAGGAGAUUGUCUUGCGACAUACUCCCUCGAACCCGCCGCCAUCUCCUGGUGCUUGUAUCCCGAACACUUGGAGAUCUAUCAUUCCGUGCCUGACGCCCGAUUUGGAUGUCGUCGACAUUGCUCCAAAAACGCCAAUUUCGCCAACACGCCGCGAUCUAAGGCACCAGAUUAGCCAAUAUUCACUACGAUCCCCUCUUCCGCUUGUGGAGCCUAGCUCUCAGGAAAACACUCCUACUCCUAGCCUCUAUAAGGCACCACGUUUCUUGGAGCCAAAGCCAGACCUUCUUCCACCGACUCCAUCUCUUGCUCGGUUGGGUCCGUUGCCAACACCUACUUUGACGCCACAGUCCGCCGCCUCUAACACUCCUGCAGCGAGUGUUAUGGGUUUCGGAUCAAGGCGACCAUCCAUGUGCACCGCAAUGGCCCAAGCUCAGAGCUCGUCUUUGGCUCGCGCCUGUGUUGACCAAUUCAACCCAUGCAUCAAGAACGGACUGGAUGCUUAUCAUUUCCCAAGUCGACGACCGUCUUUGGCGAUGUCCACAGCUUCCUCUGCAUCAUCCCCAGAGUCCAUGGUCACAGACUCUGGCUCCCGCUCUUCUCGUGCAUCCUCAAUUUCGUCUGUCUCGUCUGCAGGCUGGGCGCCGAAUCAGGCCCGAUUGGCCCGAUUGGCGACAUGUCGCAACGCGAGACUUCCGUAUCCAGCGUUGCAGAAGUGCAAGGAGCAGUAUGAAUACACUCCGAGCGAGCCAAUGUCAUCGCCAGAUCUAGAAAGCUUCCACAUCGAUGAUGCUGAAGCAACCCCAGUCCGGUCCGAUAGCCGAAUGGGCAAGUCGGGCCGGAAGCGUGGCAGGUCUUCUGUUGAUCUUCAGCAUAGCGUUCGUCACUUUCUGCAUAGCUCUCGCUCUACUUCAUUCCUCCGUGGCGGGAUGACUGUCCUUCCUGAUCGGUCCAUCGCUCAGUCAUUCCUCCUUUCUGGAGAUCGGACGCCUUCGUCCUGCACUGGGCCAAAGGGGCUGCAGUCCCCUAAGCAUACAGUGCCGGAGCGCCGAUUACCAAUCCAGAAGGAUCUCGGAAGGAAGCGAACCUGCUGUGGAAGCGAAGCAGCGCAGACAUUCCGUCGCGAAGGUCCCGGCAUGUGGGAAGGCGUCCUAUAG